GAGCUCUGCAGGGAAAGGAAGCCCUGUGUACCCUGUGCGGCUGGCAGGACACCCGGAGCUGGUUCCCUCCCAUGCAGGCCUCUUUUCACAUCUGUAGUGGUUCUUUUCCUCUUGUCUGGGAGUCAAGAGAGAAGGGUCUGAGAAUGUCCAGCACAGCCGGGAACCAGACCUCCUCAGGCGACACAGACGACUACUCCUAUGGCAGCUGGUACCUCGACGAGCCCCAGGGUGGCCAGGAGCUCCAGCCCGAGGGAGUGGUGCCCUCCUGCCACCCCAGUGUGCCCCCCGGUCUUCUCCAUUCCUGCCUGGCUGUGCUGUCGAUCCUUGUGUUGCUGCUGCUGGCCAUGCUGGUGAGGCGCCGCCAGCUCUGGCCUCACUGCGGACACGGCAGGCCCGGGCUGCCCAGCCCUGUGGAUUUCUUGGCUGGGGACGGGCCCCGGACCGUGCCCGCUGCUAUCUUCAUGGUCCUCUUCAGCUCCCUGUGUCUGCUGCUCCCCGCCGAGGCCCCACUGCCCUUCCUGACCCUGGCCUCACCACCCAGCCCAGGUGGAGAAUCUGAGGCUUCAAGAGGGUCCUGGAAGAUGCUGGCCCUGCUGUAUUACCCUGCCCUCUACUAUCCCCUGGCCGCCUGUGCCACAGUCAGGCAAGGAACCUCACACCUGCUAGGCACUGUGCUGGCCUGGGCUCACUUUGGGGUCCAGGUCUGGCAGAGGGCAGAGUGUCCCCAGCUGCCCAAGAUCUACAAGUACUACUCCCUGCUGGCCUCCCUGCCUCUCCUUCUGGGCCUUGGAUUCCUGAGCCUGUGGUACCCGGUGCAGCUGGUGAGAAGCUUCAGCCACAGGACUGGAGCGGGACCUGAGGGGUGGCAGAACAGCUAUCCUGAGGAAUAUCUGAGGACCCUUCUUUGUCGGAAGAAGAUGGGAAGCAGCUCCCAUACUUCCAAGCAUGGCUUCCUGUCCCGGGCGUGGACCUGCUUCAGACACUACAUCUACACUCCACAGCGAGGCUUCCGACUACCCCUGAAGCUGGUGCUUUCAGCCACCCUGACAGGGACGGCCAUCUACCAGGUGGCCCUGCUGCUGCUGGCGGGCGUGGUGCCCACCAUUCAGAAGGUGAGGGCAGGGAUCACCACGGAUGUCUCCUACCUGCUGGCUGGAUUUGGGAUCGUGCUCUCUGAGGACAGGCAGGAGGUAGUGCAGCUGGUGAAGCACCACCUGUGGGCGCUGGAAGUUUGCUACGUCUUGGCCUUGGUCCUGUCUUGCUCACUCACCUUCUUCGUGCUGAUCCGCUCCCUGGUGACACACAGGGCCAACCUACAAGCUCUGCACCGAGGGGCUGCUCUGGACCUGGGCCCCCUGCUUCAGAGCCCCCACCCCUCCCGCCAGGCCAUAUUCUGUUGGAUGAACUUCAGCGCCUACCAGACUGCUUUUACCUGCCUUGGGCUCCUGGUGCAGCAGAUCAUCUUCUUUCUGGGGACCAUGGCCCUGGCUUUCCUGGUGUUCAUGCCCGUGCUCCACGGCAGGAACCUCCUACUCCUUCGAUCGCUGGAGGCCUUGUGGCCCUUCUGGCUGACCUUGGCCCUGGCUGUGACCCUGCAGAACAUGGCAGCUCACUGGGUCUUCCUGGAGGCUCUCCAUGGAUGGGCAGAGCUGACCAAUCGGCGCAUGCUCUACGCAACCACCUUCUUUCUCUUCCCCAUCAACGUGCUGGUGGGUGCCGUGGUGGCCGCCUGGCGAGUGCUCCUCUCUGCCCUCUAUAAUGCUGUUCACUUUGGCCAGAUGGACCUCAGCCUGUUGCCACCUAGAGCCGCCACUCUCGACCCUGGCUACCACACAUACUGCAACUUCUUGAAGAUUGAGGUCAGCCAGGGGCAUCCAGCCAUGAUAGCCUUCUGUGCCCUGCUCCUGCGAACACAGAAGCACCGGCCCGCCUCAGCCCCCCAGGAUGGCCUCAGACUCAGGGCGGAAGAAGAAGGGAUGCAGUUGCUACAGACCAAGGACCCUGUGGCCAAGGGAAUGGGGCCCAGGACCAGCCAUGGCAGGGCCCGCUGGGGUCUGGCCUACACGCUGCUGCACAACCCAGCCCUGCAGGCCUUCCGGAAGCGGGCCCUGUCAGGUGCCCAGGCCAAUGGCGCCCAGUCCUGAUGGUGAAGAAGGCCCAGCCACAUGUUCUCUUCUGUCCUGGGUGCUUCUCCUCCUCCCAGCCCUUCCCUCCCGGCUCCCCCAGCAUCACCCCAGCCAUGUCAGCCUCUCAGCUUAGUACCAGCUCUGCCAGUAGGUCCCCUGGACCAGGGCCCCAGUGACUAGCCCCAGAGGCUAGAGAUCGCCAUGGCUGGGUGAAGGUCUGCCCACACUACAAGUCUCAGGAGGGCUCUAGUCUGCCCGCUUGGUCUUGGGAAGCCAGAGAGGGCUCUGGAGAAAGUAGCUGGUGGUUUAGGCCCUUGGUCCAGCAGCAGUGGAACCAGCGUGGAAACAUGCAGGCCUCUCCCCAUGCUGGCUCUGCUGCCAGGCUCCAGGGCCUUACCGAAGGCUUCUGCACACUGGCGUGGGCGACUCAUGCUGGGACAGCUUCUUGCUCCAGCUCAGCCCCACCUCCGCCUCAGCCCUCACCACCUCUGUCCUACAGCUUCCCCCUCUCCUUUCUGGGGCCUCGGGGCCUGCAGGGCAGCCCGGGAGGAAACCGAUGGGAUCCUACAGCAACAAAGUCAGGGCUCACACCCGGCCCCACACCGAGUUGCCCACACUUGAGAACCUGAUAUUUUUGUAGUUGGUAUGCCUUUCGAUAUUAUGAAAGAGUUUAGUGUGCUCCUUGUAAUAAACUUGUCCCUGACAAACAGUCCUCCUUAGGAGAGGGACACGUGGGAAA